GUAUAUAUUGCGAUGGCAUGUCUGUGAAGGCAUGGAGUUGUGUUUUGUUGUGAGACGAGGAACGUGAACGUAUUAUUCAAUCAUUUUUCAGCGUAUAGUCCUCAAGGAGUUAAAAAUGCGGCCGCUAUUGCUGUGUUCCGUGUUUAUCCUCGGAUCUUUACUGUCUUUCGCAGCUGCCGAUGGGCACGGCUGGGACUACAGACCUAUCAAAGUCAUUAUCAAGGAGCAUCCAAAACUCAUCACCAUUCCACACUACGUGCCUUGGCCCAAGCACGUUCCUGUGCCUAAACACGUGCCAGUCCUCAAACCACUGCCCAUAGCAAAACCGGUGCCUGUGCCCAAGAUAAUUCCAGUCGUGAAGCACGUCCAUAAGGUGGUGCACGUGCCUAAAGUGAUCCACAUCCACAAGUCUGUACCAGUUCCCAAGCCAUAUCCCAUCCCCAAAGUGGUUAAAGUACCAAAGCCUUACGUUGUCCAUGUGCCGAAGCACUAUCCUGUGCCUAAACCAUACCAUGUGCCAAUCUACGUGAAGAUCCCCAAACCCUACCUUGUGCCCGUGCACAAAUCAGUGCCAAUCCCGGUGCCGAAGCACGUGCCAGUGAAAGUAGAGGUCAUCAGGGUGAAGCCUAUAGUCAUUAAGAAGCCAGUACCUAUUUUGUACCACGAAAAGAAGCACCACGAAGAAUGGUGAAAGAACACAUGAAGGCUUAGUUUAGAAAUGUAUUCUAAUCCAUCCACACUUUGAGAAGACUUUUGAUUUGUUUCUGAAAAAAAGUGCUAUAAAGACAAAAAAGUCUUUUCAUCGUUGGGUUAAAAAGCAGGAGCUUUGGCUCUUAGCUGUAUCCGUAUCCGUGCAGGGUGCGGAUUGUAUAUAAUGUAUCUCGCCACAAUGUGUGCGAUCAGUUACUACUUAUGUAUAUCAUGUGUAUUUUUUGUGCAAAUACAAGCUAGCCAUUUAUUAUCGAAUGCUUCCACAAGGAUAGCUUUCAUUUUAUUUUUUUUAUCUCAUAAGUUUCACUUCAACAUAUCAGGAAUUACGAAUUAGCUUUAGAUUUUCAUUUCGAUUCCAACAGUUAUUCACAAUUUGUGGGGUACGUUUGCUUAAAAAAGUAUGGGAACAUAAAAAGAAAGAAAAACACUCUUAAAAUGUAAUUUUUAGAAUCAAGGUAAUGAAAGGCAUACUCAGAUAGCAAAGGAAAUAUUAUUGCAAAUAAAUGCAACUUCACACAUCUAAAUAAUUUUGAUAUAUAAAGAAUUCUAGAAAAACAAAGACAAAAACUCUAAACGGAAUUCUUAGUUAUCGAAUUAGUAGUAAUAAAAAGUACUUUCUGUUAAUAAAAGAUAAAAACUAUUUAAAAUAAACGUUUAAAUAACACCAAAAUUGUUUUCAGAUUGGUAAUUUAAAAUCAACAAAUUGUUUACGGCGAAUUGAAAGAAUUAGGUAAAUUUAUUAGAUUAAAAAAACGAUCCAUUAUCUGUCAUUUCCAAUUUUGAAUUUUAUUUGCAUGAAUUUAUCAUAAUUUCAAAUAUACAAGUGAAAAUUGAAUUGCUGAUAGUCGUUACAAAUCGAUACAAAAAGCUACGAAUCUCAAAUAUUUUAUGAAUCUUAGUAAAAUCAAUACGAUAUCAGAUUCAAGAAAUUGAAAGUAUUAUUAGUUUAGAUAGUAGCGAAACAGAGACAAGUUAAAACUUAAAAUUAAUAUAAGAAUUUGGUGAAAAACAUGUAGCAUUCAUAAACCCUAAGGGAAUAAUCAAAAAAAAAUAAUGCGCAAUUAAUUUUGGAAAUAUCUGUCAUAAUAUAAAGUAUUUAAAUUAAUCGUUUUUUUAAACAUCAUUAGUAUUAAUUGAAUUAUUAAUUUUAGAGACAAAAUCCUUAUUUUUUUUUUUUUUUUU